AUGUCUCCUAUUCAUAUAUUCCUACCAUUUCUCCUUGUCUUACCUGUGUUAUCCCAUGAACUUCAUCACAAAGCAUUUCGAGCCUGGAAGACGCCGAAAGUGAACAAGCAUCGGUUGUCAUUGAUUAUUCAGAGAUUGAAGUUGAAUGAAACGAAGAGGUUGGAUGGGGCAGACCUAUCAGACAUCCACCAAUCCACCGACCCCGUCUCAAAGCUUACUGCUUCAGAACAAUGCCCAAUGUUCCAGUCCUUCUCCUCAUGUGCCUGUGAACCAACUUGCAACAACCCGAAUCCCUACUGCCCCAACUGCGAACCCGGCUGCACUUGCCGAAAUGGAUUUGUGAGAAGCUCUCUCCACCUCUGUGUUUUGCCAGAAGAAUGCCCACGGACUAAACUUCGACGAUUCGAGCUACAAGCCCCAAGGCGUCUUUAUGAAGCUGUUCCGGUAGUGCUCUCAAGUACUACAACCACAGAGGAGCCAACCACGACGGAGCCAAGUCUUCCGAGCACGACUACCGAAUCCUUCCUUAUCGAAGAAAUGGUGACAGUCCCCCUAUUAGUCCUCCGCAACGGACCUACACCCCCAUCAGCACCACCAAUGCUCCAAGAGCCCUCUGAUAUGAUUGGUGCUCCAUCAGCCACGCCGCCACCAGAUUUUUCAUAUGGACCGCCCGGAAUGAACGCGGCGAAAGUUGCACUUUAUGAGAACUUCUUGAAGCAGAAAAAGAUUAUGAAAGCGUUGAGACAUCGAAGAAAUCAGUUUGCGAAGAGGAUGUUGUAA